GAAUAUACUAAUUUGUUACGCUCUAAAACGGUAAGGCAGCCCAACUCAAACAAACAAACAUAUAGUAAUAUCUUAACAACCAAACGUGAUCCUAGAUUUCACGUAUCAACUAACCCCCCAAAUCUACCCAAAAAAAUAACCCCCCAAAAUCUCUAACGUAAUAUCGUCGUCAUACACAUCUCAAACCGAAUCAAAAGUAACGCUCUAGCUAGCUAGCUUGCUCUUCCAAACUCCAUUGCAGCAACAAUGGAGUCCUCAUCACCACACAAACCCACCUCCGUUCUACCCAAAACAACGAUCCCACACAACAAAAGACCCAACACCACCACCAUCCUCCACAAACUAAGGCAAAACUUGGCUUAUCAAUCCAUAUGGGCAGAGCUCAAUGGCGCCAUGGGAGACUUGGGCACAUACAUCCCCAUCAUCCUCGCCUUAACCCUCUCCCGCGACCUCAACCUUGGCACCACGCUGAUCUUCACGGGAAUCUACAACGUCGUAACGGGGGCCAUUUACGGCGUCCCGAUGCCCGUAGAGCCCAUGAAAUCCAUAGCCUCCCUGUCCAUAGCCAGUAACGGCACAUCGUCGUCGGAGGUGUUUGGGGUGCCGGAGAUGAUGGCUGCAGGGAUCUGCACCGCGGGAGCCAUGUUGUUCCUUGGAGCAACGGGGCUCAUGAACUUGAUAUACAAGCUCAUCCCACGUUGUGUGGUGAGAGGGAUUCAGCUCUCUCAGGGGCUUUCCUUUGCGCUCAAUGCAGUGGAGUACAUCAGAAAGGAGCAGGAUUUCUCCAAGCCCAAUUAUGGAAACGGGGAGAAGAGAGGUUGGUUGGGGCUUGAUGGGUUGAUACUGUCCAUUUUCUGUGCUUGCUUUAUUGUGAUCGUUAGUGGUUGUGGUGAGGCAGGGGAGGAGGCAGGGGAAGAGGCAGGGGAGGUGAUUAUAAUGGAGGUGGAGAAUGGUGAUGGUGGUUGUGAUGAGAGGGAGAGAGCUGCGAGGAAGGUGAUUGCUUCAUUGCCUUCAGCGUUUCUGGUGUUUAGUUUGGGAGUGGUGUUUGCAUUCAUAAGGAAGCCGAAGAUGGUUUACGACAUACGAUUCGGGCCAUCUCGAAUGGAGGUGGUGACGAUCUCGAAACAAGCGUGGAAGACCGGGUUCGUGAAGGGGACGAUCCCUCAGCUGCCGUUAUCGGUGUUGAACUCUGUGAUCGCGGUGUGUAAGCUGUCCAACGAUCUAUUCCCCGCGGGGAAGAGACUGUCUGCAACUUCGGUAUCGGUGACUGUUGGGGCGAUGAACUUGGUGGGGUGCUGGUUCGGGGCAAUGCCGUGUUGCCAUGGAGCUGGAGGGUUAGCUGGGCAGUACAAGUUUGGAGGGAGGAGUGGCACUUGUGUUGUGAUUUUGGGGGUGGUGAAAUUGGGUUUAGGGUUAGCGUUGGGGAGCUCACUUGUGGUAGUACUGAGGGAGUUUCCAGUUGGGGUUUUGGGGGUUUUGUUGUUGUUUGCCGGGAUCGAGCUCGCCAUGGCUUCGAGGGACGUGAACUCGAAGGAGGAUGCUUUUGCUAUGCUUGUGUGCAGUGCUGUCUCGCUUGUGGGAUCGAGCGCGGCUCUAGGUUGUCUAUGUGGGAUUGUGGUGCAUUUGCUGCUGAAGCCUGACAAGGUGGUGAUGAUGGUGAUCAAGUUGGUUUGUGGUCUUAAGAGACGUUGUUGUUAAGGUAGUGAAUUGAAAUGGAUGAUGAGAAAUUACUUUGAUUUGCAUGAAUGUUUACCUAAUUUGAACUCUUUGAAAUUUUUCAUUUUCAAUUACUAUAGUAGAGUAGAACAUACAGUAUCACAUAGGAUAUACAAUAUACAAAAGCUUGAAGCUAACAAAGAGAACCUUGCUCAACUCCUGCCUGACUUGUAUCACACGCAAUCAUAGUAAAAGGCUUAGUAUGCAUUCUGAGUUGCCUAGCUAGUCAUGCUAUGCUGGCAACAUUGGUUGGUUGCUCCUCAAUCAAAUCAUGUGAGGACAAAAAGACAUGAAGAAAUACAAUAGAAUUCCCAGAACAAUAGAAGCCAAUAGUUCUU